CGCGAAUGAUCGCGACGAGUAUCAUGGACAACGCAUCCGAAUCCUCCUCGCAACCUUCGAGGGGGGCGCACCGUACACCAAUGGAAGCCUCCAUGGAGGACAUCUCGUCGGGCGUGCCUCUCCACCAGGCAGCUGCCCUCUAUGAAUGUCUGGCCGAGAUGCCGACGAUUGCCAAGGCGGAAUUCGUAGGACUCCUCGACGAGAUGGUGCUCUUGACCCUCAACUACAAGGACCAUGCCACUAUGACUACAUCGCAAAGGGCCCUGCAAAUACUUCUCGAACCAGAAGCCCACUCAACAAGCCUGAUUGUCGCCAAUCAGGGGCUUCCCGGCGUCCCCGUAGACCCUGCAGUGAAACUCGACUUUGCAAUGCAUUCAGACUCUCUAAGCCGUGUGAGAUUGCGGGAAGAGACUGUCGAGGGCAAAAAGCGACGGUUCGUCGAAGUGUGGAUCAAUGUGACUCGAGAGUACUGCAUCGAAGUCACCGAAUCCCAUGGCAGCUUUUGCACUGAUGAAACUUUUUCAAGCAGCAGCGCAAUUCGCCCAGAGGACUUCAAAGACGAGACCGUACCUAUCUCUAUUCUUUAUGAGGCGGGCACGAUCUCUGACCCUUCCGUAGAGGAUCCUCUCGAGCGCUUCAGAUACCAGGCCCCCAUGGGCGAGAAAUUUGCCAAGGAUCUCCAGCCUGGGCUUUUCUUAUUGCGCAUCUGGAGGGACCGACCCGCAAGUCUAGUGCAGCUCGUCAGUCCCGAAAAAGACCGCAUAUUGGGUCAGGCGUGCUUCAUCGGAACCGAAAGAAUUGCCGCGACUGGAUACGAUGCUGUCAGCGGCGGCCGCAGACUUGGUCAAGUCUAUUGCACGAACCGACCCUCAACUGUACAGACGUUCAGAGUUCCUCCCGAUGAAUCCGCAAAAGAGAUCGGCAUGCGUAAUCGUCAAGUCGUCAAGAAGGCAGAGGUGGUAGUAUUGUACUCCCCGAAAGUGAUCGAUCUCAGCACCCCAGGAAGGUCCGCUCGCUCUCCUCGAAGCCUCCCUGAAUUCCCUUGCUCUGGCGAUAAAGAGUGGACUGUCAUAUGGCUCGAAACGCCCUCUGAAGGACCUCACAAUUCUUCCUCUGCAGUCCUCAAAGCUACUGAACGGAAGGAUGGCGUUAUUGAACUCGAGGAAGUCCUUCCAUUGGAUCACAAAUCAACUCAUGACGGUGUCGAAGGGCAAUACCUGGGUCAGCUCGCCAGGCAGCCGUUCUUCAGAUUCGGACAGGAUUGGUUUCUCGUGCUAAGCAGCAUUCAUGAGUGUCAAAACGUUGUUCGUGUUCACCGCGUACGCGACAGGGACCUUACGUGGGAAUGUUCCACGAGGGAAUCAUCAGAGGCUCUGCUGGCUACGUCUGCGGACAGGCGGCAAAUUCUCACCACCUCAACCCACUUCAGACAGCCACCUCAGCUCUGCUUAUGGGACCUGGAAUUCAAAGAGGGCUCUGUGGAACAUGCAUGCUGUUCCGUGAUCUGGGCUGCACAUUCCGGUGGUGGAGCGAAAGAGGUUGCUUCCCAAUUGAAGGCAAUCACUUCAAGGGUGGUGGACAUCCCCCACACUGGUCUUACCUCUUCUGAAGAAUCAGAUGAGCGUCCAGAGGAUACGGUGGAAGCCAUCGUGAUCAGCGCUCAUGGUGACAGUGAAGAAGCGCCCCCUUGCAUCCUGUAUCCUCACGGUGGUCCCCACGGCGCCUCUACGAUUGAUUGGAGCCCCGGGGUGGCUGCCCUUGUCCUCCUGGGGUACACCGUCAUCCUGCCCAACUAUCACGGCUCUACCGGCCGCUCGCCAGCAUUUGUCGAUUCUCUAAUAGGCAAGUGUGGCACCCUGGACAUCGACGAUUGUGUUGCGACGAUCAAGUGGGCAAUUGAGGAGGGUGUGGCUGACAAAGACCAGGUGUACUUCCAAGGAGGAUCCCAUGGAGGCUUUAUCGGCUGUCACGUGGCUGGGCGAAGUGAUGUCAAGGGUUUGUGGAAGGCGAUUGCUCUGCGCAAUCCUGUCACCCAUAUUGGGGAGAUGUGGGCUACCACCGACAUUCGAGACUGGGACAUGGCUGAGCUUGGUCUACCUUACUCCUUUGACGCACCACCGCCCUUCCUGAGCCCGGAGAACUUCAAGGCGCUCUCGGACGCCUCUCCCGCGCGGCUGGUGGACAAGGUUGAGGCGCCUGUACUGAUGCUGCUGGGCGAUAGCGACCAGCGUGUGCCUCCCACACAAGGGUUGGCAUACUAUCACGCCCUGUGCUCUCGCAUCGAGCGGCAGUGGGAGGCCGAGAGGAGCGGCGUGGGGAGAGCGCCUCGAUUGAGGGCAGAGUGUCUGUGGUUCAAGGGGGCAGAUCAUGCGCUGGACACGGUGGAGAGUGCUCGGGGUGCAUGGCUGGCUACAUGGAAGUGGUUUGAAGAGGCGAGGAGGGGGAGAGAGGUGGAGUGAGUGUGAGCGAUUGAGCAGAAUACUCUUGUCUGUGCUACUACCAUCACCUUUCCACACCACUGGUGCGUCGAUGCUGACGGGGAAUGAUAUC